AGCUCAUAAAACGCGAAAUUAACAGCCUGUUCCACGAUAUCGAAAGAACACGUUCGCACAACUUUUACACGACAAACAGCUGAUUUCCGUUCCACUAAAAUCCAUCAGAACGAAAAUUUGCACGAAAAUCAAUGCGAACGAAAACGUAAGCGUUUCAGUGUAAUUUUGCGUUCCACUAUCUUUUUUCUUUCGUACGCAUGCGAACACAAAUGUCAAAAUCAGUCACUUGUGUGUUUGCUGUCGUACGAUAACAAUUAAGGAAAAUCUGUUUUAAAACAUAAACAUUGCUUAAUUGAAAAUGGAAACAAAAAUCACGAAAAAAUCAUCAACUACACAGCUGCGGGCACUAGUUGAGUAUAUGGAGGAGAAUCCCGAGUUUGCCAGAGGAGUGCCAAUUUUUGGAAGCAGCAGGCAAUCCCUGGAGGACCACUGGAAGAAGUUAGUUUUUAAAUUAAAUACCAUGGGUCCUCCUUCCCGCACAAUUGCAGAGUGGAAAAAGACGUGGGCCGAUCUAAAGUCCCGCACCAAAAAGAAAAUUGCGGAAAAUAAAAAAGGGCUGCAAGGUACAGGUGGUGGUUUAUACCGGUUUGAGUGCCUAACGGAGCUGGAAACAGCAAUUGACCGGACACUCUUCUUGUCGAAGUCCGCAGCACCAAGUGGUAAAACUUUUGGCUACGCGGACGAAAUAGAUUACUGCUUCGAGGCAUUGGAUACCACACCAUCAAGACCAUCCAAGACCGUAGCAGUGGUAACACCUACCAGACAGUUCAGUUCCCCAGAAUCACAUACCCAACAACAACAAAUAAACGUAAAAACCUGUACCAUCACAACUCAACAAUACCAACCACCAGCCAAAAGACAAAAAAUCCCACCCCAUUUCUACACACAAACUGCAAAACAACAGGCACAGUCAGCACACACACAACAAACUCAGACACAGUCAGCACACACACAACAAACACAGACCCAACAGCAACACCAACGUAAACAAACAACGUCCCCUCGUCAACGCAUGGAACAUCAAACCGUGCAGAAAUCACCCCCAUUCAAAUGCACAUCACAACAUAAUUUUCCAUCCACAUCAUCAGCAAAAAAAACGUUCCAACGUCGGAGAGCAAAUACCUCUUAUCCGUCGGCAAUUGCGGCUGGUCGAGCAGGCAAAUGCAAUAGCCAAGGAGCAAGCAGAUGCAAGCAAAAGGAUGGCUGACGCUGCAGAGAGAAUGGCAGAUUGUGCCGAGGCCCAAACAAAAUGCUUAAGUCUAUAGAAGCAAUUCUAUCAACUUUUUUGCAAAACAAUUCACAAAACAAUUCACUAUAGUCC